AUGCAGGCCAUUGACCCAAGAACACGCAUGGUUCUGUUCAAGAUGUUGAAUCGUGGUGAUUUCAAUAAUAUAAAUGGCUGCAUUUCUACAGGAAAGGAGGCAAAUGUCUAUCAUGCAACAAAGAUAGAUGGCCAGGAGCUAGCAAUCAAAGUCUAUAAAACCUCUGUCCUGGUCUUUAAGGAUAGAGACAGAUAUGUUCAAGGAGAUUAUCGUUUUAGAUAUGGUUACUGCAAGCAUAAUCCCCGGAAAAUGGUUAAGACCUGGGCUGAAAAGGAAAUGAGAAAUCUUAAACGAGUGAGAGCAGCUAAAAUUCGAUGCCCAGAACCAUUGCUCCAGAAGCUUCAUGUAUUGGCGAUGGAAUUCAUAGGGAAAGGAGGUUGGGCGGCUCCUCGUCUUAAGGAUGCUGCUUUGUCGGACGACAAGCUGCGUGGAGCUUACUUGGAGGUACAUCCAUACAUGACAAGUCAAAACAGUGUUCUCUCUUAA